AUGCAGUUCUUUAUGGACGUCGAUCUCAUCUCGGCACCCCGCAGGCCACCUCCUCCGCCGGCGGAUACGCCUCUGCGGCUGCCACAUCUCCCGGCGGACAUCCUCAUGGAGAUCUUGUCCCGCCUGGGCGACGCCGUCGCCGUCGUCCGCUGUGCGGCCACCUGCAAAGCAUGGCGCCGCCUCAUCCUAGAGCCGUCCUUCCCCUCACCCCUCCUCGGAUUCUUUUUCCGGGACACUUCUCCAAAGCGACCCCGUCGCCGCCGGUACCUUGGCCGUCCCACGCGAUUCCUCCUCAUCGGCCGCCCUCAUUCCGUCUUCGACUUGUCCCACUUCUUGCCGAACGCGGCUGGCCUCAGUGGAUUCGACGCCGUCGCGUCAGGCGGACAUGGGCUUCUUGCGCUCCGCCGUGUCAAGGGCUACUCCUGCGACUCCAUCAGGAUCUGUGUCUGCAAUCCCAUGGCCGGGACCUCCACCUUUCUCCCCCCUCUCCCUGUCCCUGACAUAUCGUUCCUCGAGAGCCUAGAAUUUCUGGACGGAGAUGGCUCCUCUUUCCGCUUGCUUGCAUCGAUGAAAAGAUAUCCAGACGCACACGCACCAGACGAGAUCCUCCUGCGCGUCUUCUCCUCCCAAACAGGACAGUGGGGCAUGGCGGUGACAGCCCAACUGCCUGACAACAUGGCGGUCUACCUCUGCUUCCCUGCCGUCGUCCACCAUGGCGACAUCCACUGGAUAUGCUACAACCGUCGGUUCGCGGUGGACGCAGUGCUGGCCGUGCGCCUCGGCCAGACCGAGGCGUCGGCGCGCCGAAUUGACCUUCCGCUGCAGGCAGGGAAGAACCGCCACAACGCAAACUCACUUCGCCUGUUCAGUUCAGCUUUGGGGUGUCUCUCUUUGGUUUCUGUGGAUAAACCUGUCAUCUCCAUCUGGAAUUUCCAAGACGACGGCACCGGCGCCAAGUCGUCAUGGGCGCUUCACAAGACGGUACAUCUCAUGUCCGAUCCUUUCGCACUUUGCAGGCCCUCUAUCGCAGCACUGUGCGACCAGAGCGGCUCCUUGUUCUUGACUCAUGCAGGCAGUGGCCUUUUCAUGGUGAACCUCGAGACAGGGAUGACGUCCAAAGUAUGCGAUGCCUUUUGCGACAAGUACGAGUGCCCAUACAUGCCGGAUUUGAGGUCUUGCCUGGGAGCCAUGAAAAGUUUUUGA